AUGGCUGACAGUGAUGAUAAAGAUAAAAGGCACAUUAAAUAUUUGGCUCGGUUCGGCGAGAAAAAAAAUUUUAAUAUACACGGGUACUUCAAGCACAUAUCACGUGUCAGUAUAACAAAAAUAAAUAUAACUUUAAAAAAAUGGACGAUUCUGGGGAAAGGAGAGGGAAAAAGGCUUCUUGUGCUGAAACAUGGAUAUCAUUGGUUGUGGGAAUGGCCUUGGGGGAAUGGGGGACAUGGGGAAGGCGUGGGAAGAAGAAGAAGACAAUCGUGGAAAAAUCAUGAAAGAUGUUUAAAUUCAUAUGAUAUUAUUAAUUUUUAUGGAUUUACAAGAUCCCCAGAUACUUUGCGUUAUAUGGUAGUAAUGGAUUAUGCAAACAAAGGUAAUUUUAGAGGAAAUUUGACAAAAAUAAUCAAAAAUGAUUGGAAGCAAAAAUUACAUAUGUUACAUAGAAUUAUUUCUGGGCUUAAUGAGAUACAUAAACAAAAGCUUAUUCAUUGUGAUUUUCAUGAUGGCAACAUUUUAAAUCAUAAAGAUGAAGAAAAUGGAGAAAAUAAGGAAAAUGAAAGUGAAGAAAAUAAGGAAAGUGAAAAAAAUGAAGAAAGUGAAAACUAUGAAAAUGUUAAAGUCUAUAUUAGUGAUUUAGGAUUAUGUCAACCUAUAAAAUCAUUUUUGAAAAAAUAUGAAAUUUAUGGUGUUAUACCAUUUAUGGCACCUGAAAUUUUAAGAGGCAAGCAUUUUACUCCAGCUAGUGAUAUUUAUAGUUUUUCUAUGAUUAUGUGGGAAUUUACAUCUGGAGUGCCACCAUUUAAUGAUGAAGCACAUGAUUUUCAACUUAGUUUAAGUAUUUGUAGAGGUGGACGUCCUAAAAUCAUUAAAAAUACUCCACAAUGUUAUGUAGAUUUGAUGAAAAAAUGUUGGGAUGAAGAUCCAUUAAAAAGGCCAUCUUCUAAAGAAGUUUUAAAUAUUAUUGAAGAGUGGAUUAUUCUUCCUUAUGAAAAGGAAAUUGAAGAUAUUAGUAAAGAAUUAAAAAGGUAUGUUAUGGAAUUUAUAAAUACACCAAUUGGGAAUAACAACCUUGUUACAGAAUCUCAUCCACAAGCAUGUUAUACAAGUCGUGUACUUGAUUUUACUAGUAAAAAAUUGAAUAAAUAUCUUGAAAGUGAAUGUUUGGACAAUUGUAGAAUUAGUAAUGAUAUUAAUUCAUUAGAUAUUGAAACAGAUGAAAACUAA